UUCGGGUAGGACUAUAGUAGGACAUGUGACGAUGAACGGAACAUGUUCAGACUUAGGCGGUUCGGAAAAUAAAGUUUGAUGUUUUAAAUACAGUGUCGCCAACUGUUCGUAGAUGAUCAAAACGUAAUGGCAAUGCAUGCGUUUACGUAGUGAAUUGUGUUUAAUGUGUAUGAGGACAUAUUAUUGAAUGUUUCAGGAUUUAUGUUACUAGGAGAUUAAUGCAUAAUAUUACUGUUUUUUACAAAUGACUGUUGGUGGUAAAAGUGGAAUGCUAACAGGCAAAAAUGCGGCCGCGUACCCGCAGGGGGUGCGCUGCCAGAAGUGCCUGGAGCAUGGCCACUGGACCUACGAGUGCAAGGGCAAGAGGAAGUUCCUUCAUCGUGCGUCGCGCACUGCCACCCUCAACAAGAGGAUGAAGUUGCGGGAGCAGGCGAGCCUGCAGGCAGUUCCGCAGGUGAAAGCUUCCUCAGAGGGCAAGAAGCGGAAGAAAAAGCAUCAUGGAGACAAAUCCUCCAGCAGUGAUGAUUCAUCCAGCAGCAAUGAUUCCUCUAGCAGCGGUGAUUCAUCCAGUGACUCUAGUGACUCCAGUAGCUCCAGUUCUAGCUCCAGCGACAGCUCUUCCAGCGACAGCUCGUCGAGCGACAGUAGUGAGGACUCCAGCGACAGCUCUAGUGCGUCAAGUUCUGCGUCAAUCAGCACAAGAAGGAAAAGUGUCAUAGGGAGCAAAAUUUCAUGAUACAGUUCUUGUGAAUUUUGGCAUUUUGUGAAUACUUAGGCUACACCAGUGUCAUGAUUAUUUAUUAUAUUCCAAUAACAAAAAAAAAUUUUAGUGGCAAAGAAUACUAUCAUUGUGUAGUUAAGAUACAUGUUACUCUUAUAGUAAACAAAUGGUCUAAGAGGUACCUUUUUCAAAAUACAAGCUCAUUCUACUAACCAAUCAUAGUUGAGAGAUUUGUUGAGCUACCGGAGUGUGUUGCCAAAUGCAAGGUCACAGAGCAGGAGAACGUAGUGUGCUUCUUUCCGACUGCUAACAUAAUGUGCUCGCUCUUGGAAAUGAUGUAAUUUAACUACAGGUUCAUUACAUACUUUCAACUAGACAGGGUGGCCAUCUGACCAGGAAUUCCAGGAAACCUGUCACUGGAAAACCAAUGCCCCAUUAAGUUUUUAUAAGCCCAAAGUAUUAUCUACUUAUCUAGCAAGAUGUGAACAGCUUAGUGAGAAAAAAAACACUCGCUCUGCCUAUAAAAUACUUCACUUUUGCUACUUUUGACCACCGUUGUUUAUUUCAUCACCCUCUGCACAGGCAUGACAAGAGAUGAACGUAUUGCCAAUAACACACUUUUGCCUCGGAGUUUCUUCACUCUCAUGAUUAUUUUUUUUCUCUCCAGUUUUCAAGCACGGUACACUACCGCUGAGCCAUAAAAGAGGCAUUGUUUUUAAGUGAAACACAUCAUCUGUAGAUGAGUUAGAGCAAUCUAGAACCACACUCUUAGCAGUUGCUUAUAUAAAAAUGUUUAUAAAAGCAGAAGCUAGAUUUUUAAUUAUUUUUUUAUUUUAGUGAACACUAAUUUCCGCAAUAUUUUUGAAGGCUGAGUAGGAGCAUACCUACAAACUAAUUUUAAAAUUGCUUGUUUUUAAGAUUGUAUUCAAACCACAUGGUCAAGCAUGGGUUUACAAACUUGUGCUGAUCCAGACCUCACCGGCUAACUAUGGCCUGACUUGCACAUACAUAACAUUUGAAAACAAAUUCAUCUGUACAUCUAUACAUUACUUAAAACUAUUAAUGGUGAUUCUCAAAUAAAAGAAUUAUAAAAUUAAACUUUUAUUCUCACAAUGAAAAAGAAAACUUACAAGUCCUUUACAAGAUAGCUCCGCACAAAAAACACUCGCGCACUUAUGCCAGUCGCUACUUACAGUUCUGCGCCUUCACAAAAUAAUGUCCCUUGCGACUUCGUUGUCUAGGUACGUAGAUAUACUGGAAAUAAUUUCCGGUUGACCAGAGGACCAUUCGGGCCUACGCAGCAUGUCUGGCGCCUUCAAAUACUAAUUAAAUAGUCCGAAAAAUUCUCAAAGGUUCAAACUUAAUCGUAGCACGGCCCUGGUACCCAGAUGUGAAAUUAUCCUCCUUGAAAUAUUUACUGUUUUUUGCGAGCCUUCGUCCUUUUGACACAGUAGUUUGACGACUGAAGAACGAGGCUACACAGCUGCGUACUACUCAAAGAAAGUAGCAGGUGCGUGACCUCUCCAUCCAGUCAUAGCACAACACCCACAAAAACAUACCAGUGUACAAAUUUCUGAACCCUCGCGAUGAGGCUUCUCCUGCAAAAUUACAACACGAAUAAAUCACCAAGUAUUUUCUGAUUGGCCUGCGUACUGACUGGGAAAGUACACCUGCCGAAUUUCCGAUCAUAAGAACAUACUGAUACUGCCAGAAAGCCUCGACAGCUGAAAAAAGAUUCGAAAACUCGGCGCCAGCAUGUUUUGCACUUGUCCAUCAUCCUUCCUUACACCAGCACAAUACACAAUGACCUAGAAUAGCAAUAAAAAAAAUGCAAAUAAAUAUCCAUGUAGCAUGAAACAAAUAUUGAAAGCAAAUAAAAUACUGAAAAAAUCAUAUACACAAAAAAUUACUCAGCGAACAAAGUGAGGACCAGUUAAAACCUAGUUAAACUGCUUUUCUUAAUAAAACAAUCACGUAUCAAACUUAUAAGAACACUAAGAAUGAUAAAAUAAAAGUAUGAAAAACUAUGUCAUUAUGACCUUGGCUCAUCUUAUCAGCUGAUACUACUGCAUCACUUAAAACCAUAAUGGCACAAAAUUACUCUACAAAGCUAGAGAGGGCAGGGGUCUGCAAGGCUACGUUUAUUUUGCAAGAUGCUAAAAGGUGCAAUAACAUUUUCUAUUACCCGUUUAUAAACAAGUUAAGAUGCAAAAACGUAACGCCAGCAUCGGCCAACUUUCAACUUCUUGCAUUUUGUCUUGCGUUUACACCUUCUGUCUUUAAAGUUAAGUGUUCUGAACACGUAUUUUAAAGACGAGGGCAUGUGCACAUAAGGCCAAGAUAUUUUUAUUACGUACAUCAAUUUUUCAUUUGUUUUACUUUCACACAGUGGAUGAAAAUAACACUUUAAAAUCAAAUCUGUUUUCUACUGUUUUACAAUUUUCAGUUGUAGAUUGGAGACAUCUUGCAUGUUCAGUGAGAUAACUUUUAAAACACGUAGGAAAGUGGCUAGUAGUCUGCUGUAUUCAACCUUCAGUAUCUGUUUUGUUACUACUUACUUUUUUCUUUAUAAUGCAUACUAAUUUAUAAUUACUAAUAAACAAACUAAAAAUUAUAAAUUAUUGAACUCAAAAAGUGAAAAGGAAAAUAUUUGAAUCAUUGAGAAAGGAAGUAAUGAAUUUUGUAUCAGUACGUAUUGCAAAAUACACUUUGUCAGAUGCCUACCAUAAAAAUAAUAACAGCAAAAUUUUAUUUAAAAUGUUCUAGGUAGCAUUGUUGUUUCUGUUUUAUAAAAAGUUAACUUGAAAAUAAAAAUUUUGUAUUUGUAAUUUUAUAAAUUAUUUAUAAAAAUACUGCCAUUUCUAUUACUAUGUCUAAAUGACUUGUAACUUCCUGUUCCUAAAAUUAGAUUUUUCUAAUUAGUGAGCACUUCAAGAAUAUGGUUCAUAGUAUUUAUAGUUGGGUCUGUUGCAAUAACAUAUUUUUAGUAGGUAUCUUAUACUUUUUAAGUGCUCAUAAAAAAAUACACACACACACAUUCACUCACUCACAGCAUCAUUUGUAUUCAACUUAUUUUAGAACACAUGUAUUUUCACAUAUAUAUUGAUGUCUAAAAUUAUAAUUCAGAUUUACAAUAUGUCAAUUUGUAAUAAAUGAAUAAUAUAAUUUAGAGCAUUCAUAAUAUCUAGUUGUUAAAAUGUACUUUUUUUUUUUUUUUUGCUACCUGAUUUACUCUGAAGUGGAAUGAAUAUAAAGCAUAAAACUAAUGGUUGAUUAAAACAAUUAUGAUUGAUUAUAACCUGCCAUGAAUACAAAUCAUUUAUAAUUGGGUUUUAGUUGUUAUCUGGGAACAUGUAUAUUUAACUGUAUCACGGCUUUUGAAGUUGCUGUGUAGUAGUAGAUUGCAACAGUUUUUCCUCUGCAUUGGAGCAGGCAUGAUCAAGGUUGUGAAAUCAACUUUAAAAUUAUUUAAAGAUUACCUAUACUGAUUACCUGUUCAAUUAUAAACUAGGCAUAUACCAGACCAGAAAUAUUGGGAAAUGGAGACAGAGAUUAAAUUUUUUUUUUAUCUCUUAUCAGGUGAUGAUGGGUCGUUUUACCCGGUACUGGUUUUCGUGAGCACAGGCAACGUCAUAGUGAUGACAACCGUGACGUCCUUGCAGAGGCAGGGUGAUUCUGUGAUGUUUACCAUUGCUUUCUAUGGAAUAAAGGUGAAAGGGACACUGCAAACAUACAGUUCUGAACCCAGGGAGAAGCAUUCCCCCUCUCCGGCCAGGAAUCGAUCCCAGGACCCUUAGCCCACCAGCCAUACAUGCUAGCCACUUGGGAUGAUGUUUUAGCAAAAAUAAAGUUUUGCUUUAUAAUUUUUUAUAUAACCAAAAUACGGAAAUACCAUUGAUGAGGCAGUCAGAUACAAAAUACCAUUAAUGAGACAGAUACAAAAAUUUAACCUCACCAAGGUUGCUUGGAAACAACUUGCCGAUUAUUCACAGUUAGUUACUUUACUUUGAAAAUGACUUAAAAAUCGCACAGUUUCCUUAAACUCACGUAACAGUGCGAGAACAACAUUGUUCGCGUGCGAAAACGAAACACACCAAGUCUCGCCGAAGGCUUACACGGCCGUCUGUGGUCGAAAGAAGGUUGGAAACAGCAUGGCCCAGACUGAAAUUCUUCUCAACUACAUUCAAAUGAUAAGUUCGUGAGCCACUGACUAGCAUGACCUCACAUGGCAAUGCUCAAGUGAACUAGCCAGAAAAAAGUACAAAUAAUACAAAAAAAUACAAAAUGAGGAAUUCCUCGAUAAAGCUGCAUUCCUAUUGGCUACAGUUACUUUUCUUGCAAUUACUACCCUGUGAUUCCCAGUCAGUGAGCUCUCCAACAGUCCUGGCUAACACCUGUGUCUCUAUUGAACACGGGAUGCGAUAAAAUAUUUGCUAUAAUUUCAGCACCUUGGCGUCGCAAAUCUAUCUAUCUUUCUUUCUCUCACUGAAACUACUGUUCCAUGUUCUAAAAAUGUCACAAACACACUUUGAAGUACAUACCAAAAAAAAUAGUUAUAAAAACAUUUUAAAAUAAAAUAUUGAAAAUCAUAUAUGAAUAAAUAGUAACCUAGCCAAUUAAUUACAAGAAUAUUAAUAAUGAUAAAAUACAAGUAUGAAGAACUAGGUGAGAAUGACUUUGAUGCUAUAUAAUGAGCUGAUCCACCUGCAGAAUGACCAUAAUAUUUUUCCUUGUCGAAGAAUACUCAUAAAAGCUGAGGAGGGCAGGUUCCUGCGAUGUUACACACUUUCGUCAGUAGAGUGAUAUAUGGUCUUGUUUUAAACAGCAAGUGGCAAUUAUAUAAAAAAAAAAAUAUGAGUUCUAUGACUGUGGUUUAAAAGUCACCUGUCAGAAAGCAACGAAUGCUGCACUAGAAGGGUUGGGAGGGGGAGAGGAUGCCUUGGCUAGCAGUCACCAUGAACUGUGCAUACCAAAAUGUUAUCCUGUCUCAUCCGUCAUGCCUGCUGAUGCUGCCUUUCCCUCGUGGAGGUAGUGGCUUAAGUGAUAAGUGAUUCAGUUUGAUGCAGUUGACAAACAGAUUGUGUCUUUUUUCAACUAAGUGGAGGUUCAGGAGGUGGUAAUUAACAACUGUCUAAAGUGGCUUUAAUGGUGCAGUUGCAAGGUAAAACUGAACGUGUGGUUUUCCAACUAAGCUGUUCCCAUCACUGUUAAUUUGUGAUUAUAAUAUGACCCACACUUUUAGGUUCUGCAGUUUUAAAAAAAAAAAACAUUGCAUUAUGUUUGGGUAAAAAUGUGCAUGCUCUACAAGCUGCAUCACUUAUGCCACUUUCAGCCUCGUUUGUUUACUGCACCUAGAGUGACAUGUGUAAAUGCUGAAAAUGGUUGCCUGCCUUGGGAUUUCUUCUCUUCCUUCGACUAGUUUUCAGUCUGGGUAAAAGACUGCAAUAGCAGUUCAAAAAUGUGUUAAAAAAACUGGAGAAUUUUAAUAAAAACUUUAAAAUACAUUAUACAUUGUAACUUUUACAUGAUUCCAAAACUAUCCUUCUUUUUUGUAAUUUGGAUAUUAUUGCUAAAAACUAUAACAGUGGCUCUCUGUAGUCAGUUGUGCUUCUCAUUAAAUAUGAACAUAACUGACAUAUUCUUUUGACAUAUCUCCCAGGUCAACUGUAGGUGCAGAAACCUAUCUGCAAAUAUAGUUAUCUAAACAGAAACACAGUUUUUUUUUAUACUGGAGGAUAGCCUGGAAUUUUAUUUUGCCAAGAAAUUGGCAACUCAAAAAAUAUUUAUUUUACAUUUUUCCACAUCCAGUAUUCAGUUGCAGUGAGGUCAAAAAUGUCUUGUAAUCACUAGCAUAGUUUCAUACUUGUGCAAAAAAGAAAUGGUUGCAAUAAAAUUGACUUUGCUGAGGGACUUGUGUUGGCAAUGAACUAAAAACAGUUUGCCAAAUACGUAUAAUAAUGACAAUAAUUGCAGCCCCCAAUCAUCUUUUUUUAUAUACUAUUGAUCAUUUUGUAGACAGCUCCCAGCUAAAUAGCUACUGUCUGCCUACAUAUAUACAUAUUUGUGGCAUCUGUUUAUGUGUUUAACAAGUUUCUAAAAUGCUAUUAUUUUCACAUUUAAUCUCAUAGUCUAAUAUGUGGGAAAUGGAAAUUUGGUUUCAAACUUAAAAUCUCUAUUAAUACACCAAGGAUCAGGUGACUGCAUAUAUGGCUGCAUCAUGGCUGUCUGAAGUCAUGCCCUGGCUGUGUAAUGCAAACGCCAACCGAGAUCACAACGUAGUACAAUAAAUCUGUCUAAGCUUUA